CCUCUGUUGUCCCUGUUUAGCUGCGCCGUGAAGCUAGGCUGCGGAGGGAGUAUCUCUACCGUAAAGCACAGCAAGAGAAGCUGCACAGCAUUGAGGAGAAGAAACAGAAACUAAAACAUGUCCUUGAAGAGGGAAAAGAAAUCUGGUUCACUGAUGUCCUUUAGAGAAGGAAACUGCCAUCCUUGGCUGAUCUGAACCUACACUGGUUGGGCCCCAGAUGGAAUACUGUGUGCAGUUCUGGUCACCACGCUGUCGGAAGGAUGUGUGUGUUGGAGAGAGUGCAGAGGAUGUUGCCUGGGUUGAAAAGCCUCAGUUAUGAGGCGAAACUGGAGAACCGGCUGAUCCCCACAGAGCUGCGACGGGAGGCACUGGAUCUGCAGAAGGUCCUGGAGUACGAUGAUGAGGGGGGCGAAGGAGUGAGCAGUCACAUAGAUGACGAAUACAAGUGGGCCGGAGUGGAAGAUCCAAAGGUCAUGGUCACAACAUCCCGGGAUCCCAGCUCCAAGCUCAAGCAGUUUGCCAAGGAAGUUAAGCUGAUUUUCCCAAACGCCCAGCGCAUGAACCGAGGGAAGCACGACAUUGACGCGCUCAUGAGAGCGUGCAAGGCCAGCGGAGUGACCGACCUGAUCGUUGUGCAUGAACACCGAGGAGUACCAGAUGGCCUCAUCGUGUGCCACUUACCAUUCGGCCCCACUGCGUACUUCACCCUCUCCAACGUAGUGAUGCGCCAUGACAUCCCAAAGAUCGGCACCAUGUCCGAGGCCUACCCGCACCUCAUCUUCCACAACCUGAACUCGAAGCUCGGCCUGAGGGUAACCAGUAUCCUGAAGUAUUUAUUCCCGGUCCCUAAAGGAGAAAGCAAAAGAGUAAUCACAUUCGCCAACCAGGAUGACUUCAUCUCUUUCAGGCAUCAUGUCUACAGGAAGGUCGAUCACAAAAAUGUCGAGCUGACGGAAGUGGGCCCCAGGUUCGAGAUGAAACUGUAUCAGAUUAAGCUGGGAACUCUGGAAAACGAGCAGGUCUCCGACACGGAAUGGCGUUGGCACCCAUACACCAACACCGCCAAGAAGAGGAGGUACCUGAGCAUAGAGUCGGACGUCGCUUCCCGUCCAGUGAGUUAGCGCACACGGAAAGAGAGAGAGACGCAGUCACUGUGCCUUGGGGAUUUGAUUGAACUUGCAAAACCGCGACAACUCUACCUGAAUAAACCAGCCAACUGGGCAGGGGCGUAGGGAAUUGCCCUGCAUCCAGAACCGCAACUGGCCGUAGAAUUCAAACAGAUCGAAAAUCCAACAGCAGGCUCCCACUUUGUAACUCGUCGCUGUCAUUUUCAUGCCUGCCUCUGUUUGACAGAGCAGUUGAGUUCAGACAGCAUCACUUCCCUCUCCUGUUUCUUGGCUCCCUGCGCACUGUCACGCUGCCCGCUACACCUGACAUCCGUUGCCUCGGUCCCAAGCCGCCCUCGUACCCAGCGAGUGCAUGCUUGGCCUUCCUGACAGGGUCCAGGCUGCCGUUGUCUCCUGGGGACAGAUCUGACCUUUUUGGCCAGACUCUGAACUCAGACACUGGGCUGAUGGCGGGGCAGAAAGGGGCUGCGACGAGGGGGAAACCAGCCCGCAACUGUCGCGGCUCCUGGGCCUGGGGAGCUGGCUGUGAGCAUUCCCUCUUGAGUUUUAACUGAGAUGGCAUCAGCGGUGCUGCAGAAACUCAGCGGGUCUGGCUGUGUCGCUGGCGAGAGAAACCGGGUUAACUUUUGCCGUCCGGUGCAGCAACGCUUCAGAACUGCGGAAAGUCUUCAAGGUGAGCGUAACCCAGUAGGGAAGGCGCUAGUUGAGUUGAGCUCUCUGAUCAAAGCCAAAUAGCGUGGGGCAUUGGAUCAGAAACAAACGCGCAGUGCUGGAGCAGCUCGUCCGUUUCUCUGUCUCUUCUUCCCCCCCGCCACCCCGAGUUUCUGCAGCAUUUUAUGUCUCUGUUGAUAGAUUUUACUCAGCUGUUGGCAGACUCGUGUUUACUGUUGUGUGUUUAGUGGUGAAAUGGUACAUUAGAUCUUCCCGUGUCUCGUAACUAAACAUUCUCUUGGA